GCCGCGCUGCGCCGUGCCGGGGGCCGCGGGCGCGGGGCCGCGGCGCGGGCGGGGCGGGGGAGGCCCCGCAGCCGGCGCUCCGGCAGGUGGCACUGGCCGCCUCCCCCGCGCCCCCCCGAUCCCCGCCGCCGCGCUCAGUCCGCCGGCGCCGAUGCUGCUGAGCGGAGCGGCCGGCUCGGAGCGCGGUGGCUGCAGCGGCGGGGCGGGGGCCGGCGGGGCCCCGCAGUGCGUGGGUACCAUGGCCCGCUGGCUCCGCGAACACCUGGGCUUCCGCAGCGCCCGGCCCGCGCCGCCCGCGCCGCCCAAGCCCGACUACCGCGCCGGGCCGCCGCCUCAGCCGCCCCUGCCGCCCGGGGGCGCGGCCGAGCCGCUGGCCGCCGCCCAGCCCGACAUCGUGGCGGCCUACCGGCUGCAGAAGGAGCGCGACUUCGAGGACCCCUACAGCGGCCCGCCGCCCGCCGCCGCCGCCGCCCCCGACGGGCCCCGCUACGUCUCGCCCAAGCACCGGCUCAUCAAGGUAGAGGCGGUGGAGAAGGUACCCGCCAGCCCCCCGCCGCCGGUGCCCGCCCCCCCCAGCUCGCCCCCGGCCGGCCCCGAAGCGCCCGAGGAGCCGCCGCAGGAGCUGGCUGUUCUGGAGGACUACGCAGAUCCCUUUGAUGCAGCACAGGUGGCAGGUAGCCAGGCAGGGCUGGAGAAGGUGAUGGAGAAUGAUGGAUAUAUGGAGCCAUAUGAAGCCCAGAAGAUGAUGGCUGAGAUCCGCCAGAAGGGCUUGCGGGAGGCUCCCGCCCGGCCGCUGCACCUCUACGACACCCCUUACGAGCCCGUGCUGGACAUGGACAGUGAGUGCUCAGCCUGCCCCAGGCCCAGGGAGUCCCGGCUGCCCGAGGAUGACGAGCGGCCCCCGGAGGAGUAUGACCAGCCCUGGGAAUGGAAGAAGGAGCGCAUCUCCAAAGCCUUUGCAGUUGAAAUCAAGGUCAUUAAAGACCUGCCAUGGCCCCCGCCGGUGGGACAGCUGGACAGCAGUGAAAGCCCCCCGGAUGGGGAGGCUGGUGCCCCCAUCCCUCUGCAGCACAGCUAUGAAGACGCCAAUGGUCCAUCAGAGGGGCUGGGGUACGGCCGCACCUCGCCCUGCAGGGAGGAGAAGGCCAGGGCUGCCCUCAGGCAGGGCUCCAGCAGCCUCAAGAGCACCAAGACGCUGAUCGCUGAGCCUGGCCCCUUUGUCGGGGAGAGGAUUGACCCUGCCCUGCCCCUGGAGAGUCAGUGCUGGUACCACGGGGCCAUCAGCCGGACGGACGCAGAGACGCUGCUGAGGCUGUGCAAGGAGGCCAGUUACCUGGUGCGCAACAGCGAGACCAGCAAGAACGACUUCUCCCUCUCCUUGAAGAGCAGCCAGGGCUUCAUGCACAUGAAACUGUCCAGGACCCAGGAGAACAAGUACGUGCUGGGUCAGCACAGCCCGCCCUUCGACAGCGUGCCAGAGAUCAUCCAUCACUACGCCAGCCGCAAGCUGCCCAUCAAGGGGGCUGAGCACAUGUCCUUGCUUUACCCAGUGGCUAUCCGUACCCUAUAGUCAUCACCCCCACGAGCCAGACUCAAGGCUGGGUGCACCAAAACUGGCCACAGGGCUGAGCUUGCCAUGCCAGGGAUGGCUCCAGACCGCCAGUCCACGAGCAGCUCACUAGGCACAGCCAGUGCUGUUGGGGAUUGCUGCAGCUGGGCCCCUUGUCCUGCUCUUAGGGGCUCCCAUGCACUGGUUUGCAUGCUGGCACGGCACUGGAAGGACCCCCUGUGCAAGGAGCUGAGUGGGGCUUGCCGGCUGUCCACACCUCCACACCUGCCUCCUUGGCAGAGCUUGGGAUGCCAGGACUGGAGCUGGGACCUUGGAGAGUCCAGGGAAGGGGGGCAGUGUGUGCGAGCACGGGGAUAAAAUCAUCCGGUAGCAGGCCUGAGGUACCUCCAUGAGGGUGCCUAGCUCUGCCCAUGAGAGACUAAAUGGCUGUGCCUGCAGGUAAGGAGGCUGGCAGGGGUGAGCAGGACCUGCCUGGGGCCAGCAAGGCAUGCAGUGUGUGAGGCAGGCUGCCCAUACCUGCACUGGUGCUCAGUACUCACUGCCAUCCUUUGCCAAACAUAAACAGUGACCGGCCUUGGCUAUGUGUGCAGCACCACUGCCUAAUAAAGCGGUGCAUGGUUGUCUCCUG